GAUGCAUUUUGCUUUGAUACUGAAAUAAAUACAGCUAAUUCCUAUAUGGUCCUGUACAGACGGUCUCUUGAUUUUGCCUGCAUAAAGUCUUAAAACUUGAAUCAUUAGGUCCUGGCAUCAAUGUGUUGACAAUGACAACAUAAUAGCAUCUAGACAUUUUCACAGUAAGAUAUAUUGGUAUGGUUAUUAUUGGUGCCAUUUAUCAUGUAGAGCUUUUGUGGAGGAUGGUAAUUUAUCACAUGCAACUGCAGAAUGGGACACAACAUGUGAUCUGACCUUUGAGUCCUGUCAAGUGACCCUGCGCGUUGGGGAGGAUGAGCGCAUCGAUACGCUACCGGGGAAGGUGCUGUCACUGUUGGAGGUGUAUCGUGGCGAACAGAAGGUGACAAACCGCCGAGGGCAGUACUUUGGUUCGCCGUGGGGACCCCAUGUAACCCUGGUCUUCAAGAUACAAGACGUAAAUCCUGAUGUUACAGGGCUUGAGAUCCAGGUGACUGUACCGGAGAGUAAGCUGAAGAUGACUGUCCAGACAUAUGACAACGUAGGCGACAUCAAGCGUAGGCUGCGCAAGGUGUAUGCUCGGAUGAACGUGAUGCAUGACGGGAAGGUGAUAACGGACCUGAACCAAACGUACCGUCAGCUGGGAAUCCAGCCUACUGCGCAUGUGCAGCUGCAGUCUUGGGACCCAGAGAAUCCACCUGCUGUACCAAGUCGUGAAGAAGCCAAAGAGAUCGAGAAAGCAAUAGAGGCACUGAUACAAGAACUUAAGGGAGUUGAACAGGGGAAUGAGGAUUCGGACACUAAAAAUGAAGCGAUUACGAAGGAGCAGACAGAAGACCAAGAAAAAUGGUCGGCCGUUCGCCGUAUCCUGUGGCGUCACCUGGAGCUCCAGGACGAAUACCCCGACAUCCCGCCCGGGGCCCUGAAGAUGCUGAUCCGGGCGGUAGGGGAGGACACCGUGGCGGUGGAGGUCUUACAGACUAUCCUGAAGGCCGUGCUGGAGCGGGGAUGA